UCCUCUGAUAAGUCAAUCUGUAAAGAACAUCUGCUCAGGGAUUUCAUUAUGGGUAAAGACCUCACUCUUCACUUUGAUUGUAAUACUGAUAAUAGGCCUAGCUAUUAGUGACUAAGUCAUGUUUGGAGGAAUUCUAAAUUAUUAUUAGUUUGGGAUUUUCUCAAAAAGCUCAUUUAUUGUCUUGAGAGCCUAGUGGUAUGAUUGCGUCGAAAUGUGUACGGGACAACAAUAACAUCAUUAUAGGUUUAUACACGCAUACUUUCAUUAUUGAUAUCCCAGUGCGUAUCAUAUAUCGGUAUUUGAAUAUAUAUUCCAUAUAACAUUCUGAUCUUCCUGCGUUUUUAAUAUUUUAUUAACGCACCAUGAAGUAAUGAGGUCCUCCCGUUCAACACUUCAUUCGUCGGUGCCGUGCGUAAACUUGCAGCGCGCGUAAAAUGCUGCCCUUAUAAAAGGACAACCCAUCUCCCUUUCUCGGGCCAUUCGGAUCGGAGUUUGGUGAAUUCCAUACAUGUUCCAUCUUUAAACCUUAACGACCAAUCGGGAACGGCAAGGCAUUUUCGGAAACGGACAAUACUGAUACUCCUAGAUGGUGAAAUUUAUCGGUGCAAAAAAACAACGCGUUAAGGGUGUGUUAUAGUCAACAUGUGUACCCAUAUACACAGGUACGACGUGAGGAUUACUUUUGCAUCACUGGUGCUCACUGCGGGAAUCUCCGGAUUACUGAGUUUUGCUCUGCUGGCAGCUGCGAUAGGAAGCGAGUAUUGGUACAUCAUAGAGAUUUCUCCAUUAAACCAGAGCGGCUUUGAGGACAUGAAUUCACACUCUGGACUGUGGAGAAGCAACGAAGGAGGGAAGGUGUACAGCUUUACAGCCGACUACCCCAUCUAUUCAGAAUCAGAGCUGUACAUACUCAACCUGCACAGUGUGAUAGUGGUGCUGCUUCCUCUCAGUCUGGUCCUGCUGGUGUUUGGCGGGAUAUGUGGACUGGUGAGCUCGCUGGCUCAGAGCCCGGUCCUCCUCGUUUGCACCGCCACGUACUUCUUCACCUGCAGCCUGCUGACCCUGAGCGGGAUGGUCCUGUACAUCACCUACUCUUACCUGGCGCUGGCCGAGACAGAGAGGCUUCUGGGACCCGAGGUUCUGGUCGGGGUCAGCACCUCCUUCGGUUGGUCCACAGUUCUGGCCUGGCUCUCCUACGGCCUGGAGGUCCUCUCCGGUCUACUGCUGCUCACAGCGGCUCAUAAAGUCAAACAGGACCGGCCCCCGGUUCCCUAGCUAAAGGAAGGAGAACCUGCUCUUGUGACGGAUCGUGUGUGGGAAAGGCCUUGGAGCGUCAUGUCCGCUGGUCGCCAUGGUCUCUGGACGCUAGUUCAGCAAGUUAUUUCCCUCUGGGCGGUGCAGGACUGUGUUAGAUUGAAUUAGAAUGAGAACAUAUCUCGUUUGGAAUGAAUAAAUACUUAACUACAUAGAUAAAUAAACAUGAUUAAUUAUCUUCAAAAAAGAACAAUCUACAUACAUAACAACUGAGGAUGUGUUGUUGUGGCUUCUCGACAUGGUCUGAGGUAAAACACCACAAUGUCACUCCCUUGUGGGUAGAAUCGGAAAUGCAUUUCAUUUACAUUUUUGUUGGAAUAUAUUCAUUACGGAACAACGAUACGGCUUGCUUAUAGUUAUUUAACUAUUGUUAUUUUUGCAGUCUUUAGUAUCAAUCUCAACGUUUACUUUGCGCAAAUGUUUACUUCUAAGCUGUUCCUGUUUCCUAUGUUUAGGAUAUGCCUUUACCAAUGUUUUAUUUUCUAUUGAACUAUUAUUUAAUUGAAUUAUUGA